CAUAUACGCUGGCUGCUAGAAGGGAGAGGGGAGCAUAAAGCCGCGGUGCCUCAGACCGGAGCACACGACGGCAGCAGCAGAGGGACUUUCUGCUGGGCCUCCGGGGGGGACUUUGGAUUCUCCUGCUGUUUCCAAAGAAAAGGGAGGAUCGGCUGCAUGAAGGCUCGGUAGCCACUGGGGGAACUACCAUCACCACCUUUUCCUCCUCCACCACCACCACCACCUCCCUCCUCCCCGCAAAGGUCCUGCAUGUCUAACAUUUAGACAUGUUCAGCUUUGUGGAUUCAAGGACUCUAGUGCUCCUAGCAGCCACGCAAGUCAUUUUAUUAGCAGUUGUCAAAUGUCAGGAUGAGGAUAUACAGGAGGCAGGCAGCUGUGUACAGGAUGGGCAGAGGUAUAGUGAUAAAGAUGUGUGGAAACCUGAGGCCUGCCGGAUCUGUGUCUGUGAUACUGGGACUAUCCUCUGCGACAACAUAAUCUGCGAAGAUCUGAGAGACUGUCCCAACCCUGAGAUAGGCUUCGGAGAGUGUUGCCCCACCUGCCCAACUGACCAGCCCGCCGCCAGUGGUCGGCAACCUGGCCCCAAGGGACAAAAAGGAGAACCUGGCGAUAUUAAAGAUGUUGUAGGACCAAGAGGACCCCCUGGACCACAGGGACCUUCAGGUGAACAAGGACCAAGGGGAGAACGCGGAGAUAAAGGAGAGAAGGGUGCUCCUGGCCCACGUGGCAGAGAUGGCGAACCUGGUACACCUGGCAACCCUGGGCCUCCUGGACCCCCAGGUCCCCCAGGCCCCCAUGGCAUUGGUGGAAACUUUGCUGCUCAGAUGGCUGGAGGAUUUGACGAGAAAGCAGGCGGUGCUCAGAUGGGAGUGAUGCAAGGACCAAUGGGACCUAUGGGACCACGAGGACCUCCGGGACCUCCAGGAUCUCCUGGCCCUCAAGGAUUUCAAGGCAGCCCUGGUGAACCUGGUGAACCUGGUACUGGCGGUCCAAUGGGUCCCCGUGGGCCAGCUGGGCCACCUGGAAAACCUGGCGAUGAUGGUGAAUCUGGCAAACCUGGCAAAUCGGGAGAGCGUGGGCCACCUGGGCCUCAGGGUGCUCGAGGUUUCCCCGGGACCCCAGGUCUUCCCGGCGUAAAAGGUCACAGAGGUUAUCCUGGAUUAGAUGGUUCCAAGGGAGAAGCUGGUGCUGCAGGUGCUAAGGGUGAAGCUGGCGCUGCUGGAGAAGCUGGGUCACCUGGUCCAAUGGGUCCCCGUGGUCUCCCAGGCGAGAGAGGACGUCCUGGCCCAUCUGGUGCUGCGGGUGCUCGUGGUAACGAUGGUCUCCCUGGUCCAGCUGGUCCACCCGGACCUGUUGGCCCCGCUGGAUCUCCAGGUUUCCCAGGUGCACCAGGUGCAAAGGGUGAAGCUGGCCCCACUGGCGCUCGUGGCCCUGAGGGCGCCCAAGGCUCUCGAGGUGAAUCUGGAACCCCCGGCUCCCCUGGACCAUCGGGAGCUCCUGGCAACCCUGGAACUGAUGGGAUCCCUGGUGCCAAAGGAUCAGCGGGUGCUCCUGGCAUUGCUGGCGCUCCUGGAUUUCCUGGCCCACGUGGGCCACCUGGGCCCCAAGGUGCAACUGGGCCUUUGGGUCCCAAAGGCCAGGCGGGAGAACCUGGGAUUGCAGGCUUCAAAGGUGAACAAGGUCCCAAGGGUGAACCUGGACCUUCAGGCCCACAAGGAGCUCCCGGACCAGCUGGAGAAGAAGGCAAGAGAGGCGGCCGUGGUGAGCCAGGAGCUGCAGGGCCCAUUGGGCCACCUGGAGAGAGGGGUGCUCCCGGAAACCGUGGCUUCCCAGGUCAGGAUGGAUUGGCCGGUCCCAAGGGUGCUCCCGGGGAACGUGGACCUCCUGGCCUUGGGGGUCCCAAAGGAGCCACUGGAGAUCCCGGCCGUCCUGGAGAGCCUGGCUUGCCUGGCGCUAGGGGUCUCACUGGUCGCCCUGGUGAUGCUGGUCCACAAGGCAAACUUGGCCCAUCUGGUGCCCCAGGUGAAGAUGGGCGACCUGGCCCACCUGGUCCACAAGGUGCCCGUGGCCAGCCUGGCGUCAUGGGUUUCCCAGGCCCGAAAGGUGCAAAUGGUGAACCUGGUAAAGCUGGUGAGAAGGGACUUCCUGGUGCUCCUGGCCUAAGAGGUCUUCCUGGCAAAGAUGGCGAGACGGGAGCAGGUGGACCACCAGGGCCGGCUGGGCCAGUAGGAGAGAGAGGCGAACAGGGUGCCCCAGGACCUUCUGGAUUCCAAGGACUUCCAGGGCCCCCAGGUCCUCCAGGUGAAGGUGGAAAGCCAGGUGACCAGGGUGUUCCUGGAGAGGCUGGUACUCCUGGUCUUGUUGGUCCCAGAGGCGAGCGCGGCUUCCCAGGGGAACGUGGAUCUCCAGGCUCCCAAGGCUUGCAGGGUCCUCGUGGUCUUCCCGGCACUCCUGGGACCGAUGGACCCAAGGGCGCAACUGGUCCUGCUGGUGCCGUUGGAGCACAAGGCCCCCCAGGUCUUCAGGGAAUGCCUGGUGAGAGAGGAGCUGCAGGUAUUUCUGGACCAAAGGGAGACAGGGGUGAUAUUGGUGAGAAGGGACCAGAAGGUGCUCCUGGCAAAGAUGGCGGCAGAGGCUUGACUGGUCCCAUUGGUCCUCCUGGCCCUGCUGGCGCCAAUGGAGAGAAGGGUGAAUCUGGCCCCCCUGGCCCAGCUGGUGCUGCAGGUGCUCGUGGUGGCCCCGGUGAGCGUGGUGAACCUGGUGCUCCUGGCCCUGCUGGAUUCGCUGGUCCUCCUGGUGCUGAUGGACAACCUGGUGCUAAAGGCGAGCAAGGGGAAACUGGCCAGAAGGGAGAUGCUGGGGCCCCAGGCCCACAAGGUUCAUCUGGUGCUCCUGGCCCACAGGGUCCAACUGGUGUGACUGGUCCAAAGGGAGCACGUGGUGCACAGGGACCUCCGGGUGCCACUGGAUUCCCUGGCGCAGCAGGAAGAGUUGGACCACCAGGCCCUAACGGCAAUCCCGGUUCCGCAGGCCCUCCCGGUGCUCCUGGAAAAGAUGGUCCCAAAGGUGCUCGUGGCGACGCUGGCCCCACUGGGCGUGCUGGCGAUCCUGGUUUGCAAGGUCCUGCUGGUCCCCCAGGCGAGAAGGGAGAAUCUGGAGAAGAUGGUCCUCCUGGUGCUGAUGGCCCACCUGGACCUCAAGGCUUGGCAGGUCAGAGAGGGAUUGUUGGUCUCCCUGGUCAGCGCGGUGAGAGAGGCUUCCCUGGUCUGCCGGGUCCUUCCGGUGAGCCUGGUAAACAAGGAGCUCCCGGGGGCCCUGGAGACAGAGGUCCACCUGGCCCAGUUGGUCCACCAGGCCUGACUGGUCCCUCUGGUGAACCUGGACGUGAGGGCAAUCCUGGCUCAGAUGGUCCCCCAGGCAGAGAUGGUUCCCCUGGCGUGAAGGGUGAUCGUGGUGAGACUGGUGCUGUUGGUGGUCCUGGAGCUCCCGGCCCACCUGGUUCUCCUGGUCCUGUUGGUCCAACUGGUAAACAAGGAGAUAGAGGUGAAGCGGGUGCUCAAGGUCCAAUGGGUCCUGCUGGUCCUGCUGGGGCACGUGGCAUGCCUGGUCCACAAGGUCCUCGUGGCGACAAGGGUGAAGCUGGCGAGGCAGGAGAGAGAGGUCUGAAGGGUCACAGGGGAUUCACUGGCCUGCAGGGUCUUCCUGGGCCUCCCGGUCCUUCUGGCGAUCAAGGUGCAUCAGGUCCUGCUGGUCCUUCUGGUCCCAGGGGUCCCCCAGGUCCAGUUGGCCCCUCUGGCAAAGAUGGCUCUAACGGAAUGCCUGGCCCCAUUGGCCCUCCUGGUCCUCGUGGUCGUAGUGGAGAAACAGGCCAAGCUGGUCCUCCUGGAAACCCUGGACCCCCUGGUCCUCCUGGCCCACCCGGACCUGGCAUUGACAUGUCCGCCUUUGCUGGCCUGGGUCAGACGGAGAAAGGCCCUGACCCCAUGCGCUACAUGCGAUCCGACCAGGCUUCUAGCAACCUGAGGCAGCAUGAUGCAGAGGUCGAUGCUACCCUGAAGUCGCUCAACAACCAGAUUGAAAGCAUCCGGAGCCCUGAGGGCAGUAGGAAGAACCCAGCUCGUACCUGCCGUGACCUAAAACUCUGCCACCCUGAAUGGAAGAGCGGCGACUAUUGGAUUGACCCCAACCAGGGUUGCACUUUGGAUGCCAUAAAGGUUUUCUGCAAUAUGGAGACGGGAGAGAGCUGUGUUUACCCCAAGCCUAGCAGCAUUCCCAAGAAGAACUGGUGGACAAGCAAGAGCAAAGACAAGAAGCACAUCUGGUUUGGAGAGACAAUCAAUGGAGGUUUCCACUUUAGCUAUGGAGACGAGAACCUGGCUCCUAACACGGCCAACAUCCAGAUGACCUUCCUGCGCCUCUUGUCUACUGAAGGCUCUCAAAAUAUCACCUACCACUGCAAGAACAGCAUUGCCUACAUGGAUGAGGCUUCCGGGAACCUUAAGAAAGCUCUCCUGAUACAGGGAUCCAACGACGUGGAGAUCAGAGCAGAGGGCAAUAGCAGGUUCACAUAUAGCGCCUUGCAGGAUGGCUGCACGAAACACACUGGUAAAUGGGGGAAGACAGUCAUUGAAUACCGUUCUCAGAAGACCUCACGCCUGCCCAUCAUUGACAUUGCACCUAUGGACAUUGGCGGAGCUGAUCAAGAAUUUGGUGUUGACAUUGGCCCGGUGUGCUUCUUGUAAAGAGGAAAAAAAAAUUCGGAAAUUAAUAUUUUUUUAAAAAACCAGUCCAUUACCAUACAAAACCAACCCAAGGAACCCAAGUGCUUCCCAAAUCACCUUGUAGGACUUUCUGCACUGAAGAGUUGAACCAAACCUUCUUCCCUUCCCAAAAUUCCAUCCGUUCCCCACGCUUACAUUUUGGACUCUUGUCAGUUUCCGAGGCAACCAUCACUUGGGCAGACCACGAAAGCAAGCAAAGGAGAAAAAGGAAAAAAAGGAACAACAAAUAAUGGUAUUAUUUAUUUAUUGUCUUCCUGUAAGACCUUUCUUGGAAGCUAACUAGCAUGCAUGAAGGGUCCUCCCCUCCAAGGUGCUGAUGCCCCAAAAUACAGGUUGUAGCCAAUUCUUUUCCCCCCACCCAUCCAUCCAACCCUGGGUGUGUAUCACAAGCAAGAUUACUGUGUAUAAUACUAAAAAUGGUGCUAUUAUUAUUGUAAAACAAGUCUGUAUUUUUUAACAUCAAUUGAUUAUAAAAAACCUUCGUUGGAAAGUA